CCUGCAACAAUCCUGCAAUUGUUGCAAUGUGCGAGAAGACUAGGCAGGAUGCCUUACAUGCUGUCACGGCCACAAUUACAAGAGAGACGCAAUGACUGCGAAAAAAUGGUAGCCCUGUUUGCGCGAUCGCUUGCUUGACGAUUUCGUGUCCUCCAAUCUACAUUCCUCGUGUCAAUGGCCGAAACUGACACAAAUGGCCUCGACUGGCCAUGUUACAAUACCAAAGGCGCGAAAACAACAUGGGAUGACAAGUCGCACCUACCGUGUAAUUUGACUGCCGUAGCUGCUGGUCUCCACUCAACAUGCUGCGCGGUCGGUGACACUUGUCUAACAAAUGGCUUCUGUGCGAAGGCGGAAUGGAUUAACAAGAGAAAUUAUUACAUUCGAGAUGGUUGCACAGACAAGACCUGGCAGGACCCAGCAUGUCCCAAAUAUUGCGGGACAAUUGAACCUGAUAGAAAUACGGGCCUUGCCAUGCAGUGUCCAGGACGAGACUCUUGGUGCUGCGCCAUUGUUGGCGUUAGCCUUUUCAAAUGGCCAAAGACGGACAACAUCAACACGACCUGUUGCAGUAUGGAGGAGCUGACAUUCAGCGCCGCCGCACCUGUUGCAUACGCCAAAAUCCCCGACCUGGUGCAGUCUGGCACACCGUCUAAACAAUCCAUAUCCACUGUCUUUAUAGAGAAAACUAUACUAGAAACAGCGACCGUUACACCUGGAGAGCUAUUGAGCAGUCCUUCAUUGAGCGGUACCUCAUCGAGCGGUCCCUCAUCUAGCAGUCCCUCAUCUAACAGUCCCUCAUCGAGCAGUUCCACAACCAGCAGCGACGCGCAACAGAGCUCCGACUCAGGAGGCCUCAGUACAGGUGCAAAGAUUGGCCUCGGGGUAGGGAUACCCGUCGCUGUGCUUGGACUUGCAGUGCUCUGCAUUUUCUUCUGGCUGCGACGAAAGAGAGCCGCAAACGCCAGCAACGUGCCUUUGGAGUUACCCGGAGUAGACAUGAAUGGUAAUGGGCAUGGACAUGUGCCACCCAAGCAGCUAGAAGCCAAGAUCUACAGGCAUGAAGCGCCAACAUCGAACGAGACUUAUGAGCUUCCUGCGGCCCCUAAGCUAUCCGAACUGUCCUCGUCAGACACCUCGACUGCUGAGCUUCCUGUUCCGAACCAGGAUAUACGACCGGGAACCCAGACCCGAUAGUAAGAUGACCAGAUGAUGCCGUGGGUUGGAAAGAUGUUGAAAUCCUUACUCCAACAGGGUGCAGUAAUUUCUGAGACUUCUGUUCGAGCGGCGCCCGCGUGCCUGGUGACACGGAUCUGGCAGAGUCAAGGCUGCUGCGAAGUCUGAGCGAAUUUAGUGCGCCCUCUGGGAGUUGCUAUCGCUGAAGGAGUCCUUGCACGUCACUCGAUACGCUUCAGCUAACGUCCUACCAAGCGCUACAUGCUGUGAGGGGAAAUGUCUUCUUGCCCGUGGUCCAGUAGUGCAUUCGCAACC